AGGGCAAGGUACAACUCGUCUCUGCAUAUGGAAUCAACCAGCUUCAUAUAUUCAUUUUUGCAUUGGCUGUUUCUCACGUACUAUGCUGCGUCACAACCUUAUAUAUGGGUGGACUAAAGAUAAGGAAAUGGAAAUGUUGGGAAGAAGAGACAACGACGGUUCACUACCAAUGCCACAAUGAUCCAGAGAGGUUCAGAUUUGUGAGGGAGACAACAUUUGCACGUAGGCAUUUGCAUUUUUGGACCAACCAUCCCAUCCUCCUAUGGCUUGUAAAAAUCCCCUAUACCCUUAAUUUUCUUUUAUUAUUUUUUUUUAAUUUCAUAAUCAUUUGCUUUAGUAUAUUGAAAGUGAGGUGCAUUACACUAUAAUAAUUGAGUAAAUUGUACAAAAAUUCACCAACUUUAAUUUGUUUUUUUUCUUUCGUUUUAUACAAACCAUACAAAAUAUCAUGUUAGUGUGGAACAUAGUUCUUUUUUUUCCUUUUUCUUUUUCCUUAAUUUUAAUAUAAUUUGCGAAUAGAUUAAAAGUAUAUGCUCCAAUUUUCUGGUGUGCAGGGUUGUUUCUUUGCGCAGUUUUUCACGUCAGUUGCAAAAGUGGACUACUUAACACUGAGACAUGGAUUUGUAACAGCACAUCUGACACCUCAGAGCCAAGCAACAUUCAAUUUUCAGAAGUAUAUCAACAGAUCACUGGAAGAAGACUUCAAAGUUCUAGUUGGGAUAAGCCCUGUGAUAUGGCUAUCAGCUGUUCUGCUCCUCCUCACCAACACCAAUGGGUGGUAUUCACAAUACUGGGUGCCAUUCAUCCCUCUAAUUAUAAUUCUCCUGAUCGGGGCAAAAUUCCAAGUUAUCAUAACAAAAAUGGGAAUAGAUAUUCUAGAGAGAGGAGUUAUAAUCAAGGGCACUCCACUAGUUCAGGCAGGCGAUGACCUGUUCUGGUUCAGUCGACCUCGUUUGAUCCUAUUCUUAAUCCAUUUUGUUCUUUUCCAGAAUGCAUUUCAGAUCGCUUUCUUUGUAUGGAGUUGGUACGAAUUUGGAUUCCCGUCUUGCUACCACGAGAACUUUGAGGAGAUGAUUAUCAGGAUAACAAUGGGUGUUACAAUACAGGUUCUGUGCAGCUACGUGACUAUCCCUCUCUACGCCUUAGUCACUCAGAUGGGCUCAUCAUUAAAGCCAGUCAUUUUCAGCCAGCGAGUUGCAUCAGCGCUACGCACAUGGCACCAAAGAGCAAGCAAGCGGCUGAAACAAAGGAGGCAAUCAGGGAGCAGCACCCCUGUUGAUGGAGGUGCUUCACCAGUGCAUCUCUUACGUGAGCACAAGAAAUAUAAUGAUAUCCACAAGGGUAGAGAAGGUGGUGAAGGAGCAUCGGCAUCUCCCAGCCACCGUGAUAUUGAUGAUACGAUGAGGAAGUGCAGACAUCUAGGUAAGACGAAAAGGAAUGAAAAUGAAAUUAGUUUGCGGAACUUCUCUUUUGGAAAUAAGCAGUGUUUAGCAGGAAUGGAGGAUGGCUCUAUGUCACCAUGUCCCAGCCACCAUCAUAUUGACAAUACGGCAAGGAAUAGCAUACGCGUAUCUCUAGGUCAGAGGGAUGAUACUGAAAUUAGUUCAGGGGAGUUCUCUUUCAGAAAUAAGCCAGAAUUAUCAGGAGUCAGUGGCUCUAAGUGGUAAAUCAUAGCUUUGUAAACCUCCUGAAAUAUGUCAACUUAUCUGAUGAAAAUUAGUGUCAGAUAAAAGUAUCAACUCACAAAUUUAGUUAUAAUUAAUUCUUCUGAUAUACAUUCA